AUGACGUCUUCUCUUCCCCUGGAAACAGCCGAGUCGCCGUUCAAGAACAAGAACUCGCUGGGCCAGGUACUGGUGGACGGCAACCAGCUGGACAUCUCGAACAUCAACUGCUACCUGCAGCUGCUGGCGCAGACGGCCAACAAGAAGGAGAAGCUGCGCAGGAAGAAGCGACGGGAGCGGCGGGAAAAGAAGAAGGGCAACAGCAGCAGCAAGGAACAGAGGCGUAAGGCGAGGAAGUCAGAGCGUGGUGAGGGCAAGGAGAAGGAGAUUGAACCCGACCUCCCCGCCGAGCACCAGCAACACAUCAAGUCCGAGCACCUGGUCACCCCCUCGACGGACGAGAACGGCCUCACCCUGGCGCCCACCCUGCCCUCCCAGAGCGGCCACCCCAACGGGGCGAUGGGUCGACGAGCUGUGAGCAGCCCCAUGGCCGAGCUGGCGUUCGAUCACCACGUGACCUCCUCGUUCGCGCCCCCUUCGCGUAGCAGCAGCUGGUCUCAGUUCAUCAUCGACCACACCCAGCAGCAGCAACAGCAGGAGGCCAUGAGCGGCUACAUGAACGCCUCUCCGCCGCACGUCGUGUCCAACCCCAACUACCCCCAGCAGUUCCUACACCGAUCCUCCCCCGCCGCGCUCUACGGCAACGUGGUGGGCCACCAGCCCUACAUGCAGCUGCACCCGCACCAGCAGCCGCAACAUGUGUUCGACCCCGCGGCCGAGUUCAUCCAGUUCAUGACCGAGCACCAGAGCUGCUCCAACCCGUCCUUCACCUUCUCCUCCUCCUUCUCGUCCGACGCCCUGUCCCCCAUCACCGAGGAGAACUUCAUGGGCUUCGCCACCAGCAUCCCCUGUGGGGCCUCCAACCAGUCCCCCUUCCUGGGCCAGCACGUCGCCUCCGAUCCCAUGCGAGCGCAGGUGCAGAUGCACCACCACCCGCAGCAACCGCCGCCGCCGUCGAACUUCUACCCGGCCGACUUCGGAGGCCUGCUCGCCUCAUCGACGCCCACGUCGUCGUUUGGAAUGGAGCCGAUCGACGACAGGGACGGAACCUUCGCCAGUCUCGAGUUCCUCGAAGCGGCUCUGGCCCAGGACAUGCGCGAUGCGUGA